UAAAACAACAAAACAACGUGACGUUUUUAGUCUUUUAGUCUGACCACUUCCGCCUUGUUCAUUCAACGCAUGCUUCUCUGAGCAGCUGUGUUUAUCAGAAGUCAGUAUGAACCAAGAAAAAUUGGCUAAACUUCAAGCCCAGGUCCGGAUAGGGGGCAAGGGAACAGCACGCAGGAAGAAGAAGGUGGUGCACAGAACAGCAACAGCUGAUGACAAGAAACUCCAGAGUUCAUUAAAGAAACUUGCUGUCAAUAACAUAGCUGGCAUUGAAGAGGUGAAUAUGAUUAAAGAUGAUGGCACGGUCAUUCACUUCAAUAACCCCAAAGUGCAGGCGUCUCUGUCUGCCAAUACGUUCGCCAUCACAGGCCACGCAGAGACCAAACAGCUUACGGAAAUGCUCCCGGGAAUCCUCAGUCAGCUCGGCGCUGACAGCCUCACAAGUCUGCGCAAACUUGCCGAGCAGUUUCCCAGACAGGUUCUCGACAACAAAGCUCCGAAAGCGGAAGAUAUCGAUGAAGAAGAUGAUGAUGUCCCAGAUCUUGUAGAGAACUUCGACGAGGCGUCGAAGAACGAGGCAAACUGAAUAUUGGACCUUCAGUAACUACUGUUCAGGACAAAGUCUCCUGCAGUAUUUUUAAAUUAGAGUGACAGACAUAUCAUUUCAACACUAUCAAGUGAAACCAGAGACUUUUAUAUCAUAAAUUGGCUCCAGAUCCAUCCCUGACCUUCUCCUGCAUUUAUACAGAAAGAUGGAUGGUUACAUGAAUCCUUAACGGGUUAUAAACCUUAAUCAAGUUGCAAGUUGAAAUGCUAGUUUUGAUGGCUAUGGCUAUAAAAAUUAGUCUUAAUUUUUUUCUGUUAAUUAAAUAAAAAUAAAGCUCAUAAAACUUU